AUGUAUACGUGGUUGCCCACUGUGACAGGAUUACGUGAUCACGCCGCCAAAAUGACUUAUCAUAGCGUUACUCCUUAUUCUGAUAAUGAUCAUAAAUCAUUGGAUCAAUAUGCUCAAGAUAAACGAAUAUCAUCGUCUCAUCAAUCUCGUCUACCUCCAUCAUCAAUUCGAAUUCAAUGUAAAGUCGAAGGAAAAUAUUUAACAAUUAAUAUUUUCUGUCAUCCAUCAAAAUCAAAUUCACUCAUUCAACCAAUUAAAUUCACUCUACCUGAUCAAUUAAAAUCAAUUAAUAAUAAUACAAAUUUAGGAAUUAAAGUAUCAACAGAUUCAUCGGCUUAUCGUUUUCUUGAAUCAAAUUCUCUAUAUAUAAAUAAUAAAAAAGCUCAAGAGAAUGGCGAUAUCAACGGACGUGAAUACAAAAGUCCAUCAAUUACAUUUCCAUAUUCAUCACAAUCUCGUUCACAAUUGGUACUUCAUCGACGGAUUGAAGAUUUAUGCAAAAAUGGUGGAUUAAUGGAUGAUGGUAUUGUAUUUUUCUUAAAAAAUGAUGAAUUUUAUGUUAGAAUAUAG